AAGCGUGUGUCCGUUUCCACGCCAGCUUCACACGUCCAGUUCGGAGGAGGUGGGCGGUGGUGGUCGUCUUUUAGCGACAUUACGACGCUCAGAAGGUUCGCCGAACACCUCCGGGAGAGGCUGUGGCCGAGAGGGAAGACAUUUGACGUCGUCUCGUCGUCGCCAAGUCGGACAUUUGCGGCUCGCCUGCCGACGAAGCGGAUUAACGGAGCAGGUACGGAAGGUGGGAAGGAGGUGCGCGCGCCCACCUUCCGUCUUCCAACGUUUUAUAAAACGUCAAAUAUCAACAGGACGCCGACGCAGGCGCGUUUGAAAGCGACGGCGACCAUGCUGACCAAGAAGGUGCGCUCCGAGUACAUGAAGCGGUUCCGCGACCCCAAGUGGGAGACCUUCGCCAAAUGCUACGAGGACUCGCUGAGGUACCGCCUGACCCGCCGCGUGAUGGAACACUCCCACAAGUCCUGGUUCUGGGAGGGCUGGGACGGCGGCUCGGAGUCCAGCGGCCGGUCCACGCCCAGGCUGAGCUGCAACAAAGUGGCGCCGCUGCCCUCUUGCGACGGCGAGCAGCAGUCUGUCCCGCCCGGGUCCGCUCUCCACCCCGAGCGCCCGUUUGAGGUUGGCAAGGACACGGCGGUGGUUACGGAGGCGGCCGUUGUCGACGCUGCACCGGCAGCAGUGGCGCCGACACAAAACGGCGGUAGCUCAGCAGAGGCGGAGCCUCCGCCGAACCCCGGCAACGCCUCAGAUGACACCGACAACGGGCCGCUCCGCUCCACCUCGUCAGAGGGCGAGCCUGUCAACCCGGAGCCGAGGCGACGUCACCGGCGCCGCACCGACCUGGGACACCUGGACUGUUCCCGUGGCGACAAAUCGCCGGCCGCACGCAGACCACAGCGAGCCAAGAGCCAGCCGCCCACCAGCUGCCCGGCUGCGGGACGACCAAACUGUACGGAGAGACGCCACAGGAAGACGCCCAAUCACAGUCACAUGUCCGACGCCUGCGUUCAGACACGCCCACCUGACCAGCGCAGCAGCACGGAGCGGCGGCGGGCGCGAUCAGCUGACCUGGACAAGUUGAGGCGCUCCCAGGUGGCGGCGGUGGACGAGCGCUGGACCACAGAGUACAUGCGCUGCUACUCUGCCCGCCUCAGGUAGACAGGAAGCGCCCACAGCCAGAAGCGGGACAUCCUUCAAAGUAAAAGCACGCGUGUGGUUGCAUCAAGACAGCAACAAAGUGCUUUCACCAGCACCAGAAUAUUUAUUUGAGUUUGUGCAAACUAUGCAAACUGAAACCUUUAAAAGUCCAACGUUUCACAUUUGUAGUGACUUUGUAUCUAUUUUUAUUUAUUUAUUCAUCUUUUACUCUCCUUUGGAGAAAUGACGAGAAUGAUGAAAGUUGAUUGUUGUUAGCGGCUGUAAAAAAUUCACCGUGAAUGUUUGAAAUAUAAAAAAUAUCUAACCUUUGAAUGUUGACAAUCAAUGUUUACAUUUUACAUGAAUUAAAAGGAAAUAUUGCAA